GGGGGAAAAAGAAAGUAAAAGCCCUAGCGAGGCUGCCGCCAUCGUGCUGCCUUGCCGAAGGAAUCGAGCGAGAAGGAGGGAGAAACAGGAGGAGCGCAAGGACUAGCUGAGAGCGGCCGGAGAAGGGGAACAAUCGACGCAAGGACUAGGCGAGAGACAAAAGGGAUAGGGAGAUCGAUGGCUUCCACCCUGCUGCGCACGUCGACCCUCCGGGGAAGCGCCUUCCGCCGUGUCCUCUCAGCAGCGGCUGCGGCUGCGCCUUCAGGUGGGGAGGGGCUGGCAGCCCGCCGGGCUGCCCCGCUCCGUCGCCUCUUGCACUCGGGCGCUCCAGGUGAUCAGCCUCCCACGUCUCUGGAUGAGAAGUUAAAUGCACUACUUGAGAAGAUUCGGGCAACAAGAGCUACUUCAUUGCCAAAUGAUGAUGUGGUGGACAUUUUUUUAAGUUCCAUGCGUGUUCGUCAGGAGUACUUCAUGAAGCAACUUUCAAGGUCCUGGGUUACUAGUUUUGUGUUAGUAUAUGGUGGCUUCGUCGGUUACUACAUAUCGAAAAGUGAAAAUGGAAAUGAUAGAGCUCGGGAGGGAAACUGAUAAGUCUGUCGUGGGCUAUGUAACUUGAUGUUACGCUCAAAGGACUAUUUUGAACCGCUUUUUCUUUCGAGGGGGCCUAGUUUGAACAUGGGGCUGUGGAGUGUGAACUAUUGCCGCACCUUGUACGAAUAUAUUUGGUAUUUUGG